GAGAGCGCCUCCGUCGACUCACUGCGUACCGCGUGGAGAUCCCAGGACUUGUACAUAGACCACCUUGAAUCAUUGAACAAACAGUUGGAAGGUAUUUACGAAAGUUUCGGCUUGUAGCGGUCCGCGUUUGUGUCCGAUCGAAUCUCGAUCGAGUUAUGUUACUCUAUAUCGACAAUACUUUAACUAAAAUUACUAGUGAUACUGUUAUGGCGCAAUAUUGAAUAUGUUACUGUGAUAAAAAUUGUUACUUAUGAAAUUUGUGGUACGGAGGUGUAUUUAGGUGUUAUAAUAUAGUUAUGAGAAGAGAUUGGUGUGUCGCGGUGCCAGUGGAGUGUUAUGUGGAAGUGAUUAUGGCGCAAGCCCCAGUGAAGUCUCCAGAGUAUCCUGGAGCUGUGUCUAUGUUUAGUGCCGUGCCACUAGCUCCCGUGUCCAACAGGAGUUCACAGUCUGCCGGUGUUUGUUCACAUGCAAAAAUUCAUAUGUACAGGAAGCUUGGAAAAGAAGAAAGAAAUAGAAGAAAAGAUUACACAGCAAUAUGCAGAAUCACAACGCAGAGAAAAGGUACUAGUCAGAAGAUUAGCAGCUAAAGAGCAGGAAAUACAGGAUUAUGUCAGUCAAAUAGCCGAAUUAAAAUCAUCAAACGCAAAUCUGAAUGGGCGACCUACUCUUCUGGAUCCUGCUGUAAACGUGCUUAUUUUACGAUUAAAACAAGAGCUAAUUUCCACGAAGGCUAAAUUAGAAGAAACGCAAAAUGAACUAUCAGCAUGGAAAUUCACGCCAGAUUCUAAUACAGGAAAGAAAUUAAUGGCAAAAUGUAGGUUGUUGCAUCAGGAGAACGAAGAUCUCGGCCGCAUGACUUCCAGUGGGCGGAUAGCAAAGUUAGAAGGCGAUUUAGCACUACAAAAGAGUUUAAGUGAAGAAGUGAAAAAGUCACAAUCGGAGAUGGACGAAUUCAUACAAGAAUUGGAUGAAGAUGUUGAAGGUAUGCAGAGCACGGUGUUAUUCCUCCAGCAGGAGCUGCGAGCGUCGCACGCGACUGUGAACGGCAACCGACCGUCUUCGGCCGACAAGCGGACGUACUCGGGCAGCGAAUGCAGCGACGCGCCCGUCGGCAAGCGGAGGCGUGCGUCGGUACUGUCACUCGACUACAACGAGGAGGAGGAACCCCUCACUGUGACCAAUGGCGACGCAGACUAGCCCAGGACUUCAGUGUUCUUCUACCGAACACGAUACUUACAUAUGAACUAGUGAAAUUCGUGAGCUAUCAAUGUAGCAUGUCGGCCAUUUCGUUGACUCGAAAUUGUUUUCAAUGAAUUUUAAUUGUGAGUGAUCAUUGUUUAUGUAUUUUUGAGGUGAAACGCUGGUUCGGUGUCUGUCACUCAUUUCGAAACACGUGAUUGCUUAUAUAUUAGCACAUUUCAAGUACUUUAAUUAGAAGACAACAUAGACAAGUCUACGUCAUUCCCAUUGACAAUUAAUUGGUGAUGAUUGUUGUGUCAAAUGUGAACAUGAGACUAAAGAAAACAUUUGGGAAAGUAUAGUUUGAGUUCUAUGCACAAUAGUGGACCAUGUGACCAGAUCUAAUAGUGAAAUCGUUUUUGACAUUGUUUUUUAUACUUGAAUAUUGAGACUCAGUUGACAAUUUUGUAAUUUAUUUAUAAUAA